UGUCACGUCUCCGCGGGCGACGCUGCGUGGUGACGUCACCGCACCUCGCCCGUGUAAAUAGCCAAAGAGCGGCGCGCGCUCGUUCGCCGAUCGACGCCAGUGUUAUUUAUUUAUCGUUUUUGUUGUUGUUAUUUUAGUAAUCGCGUGUGUGUUUAUACAUAUAUACGUCGCUUGUUUUUUUUUAUUUAAAACAAAAUUAAAGGAAGAAAAGAUGUCCACGCCUGCCCGAAGGCGCCUCAUGAGAGACUUCAAACGGUUACAGGAGGACCCUCCGGCAGGAGUGAGUGGGGCGCCCUCAGAAAACAACAUUAUGCUGUGGAACGCAGUUAUAUUUGGGCCCGAGGGAACUCCGUUUGAGGAUGGAACGUUCAAGCUGACGCUGGAGUUCACGGAAGAAUACCCUAACAAGCCUCCCACAGUGAAAUUCGUGUCAAAAAUGUUUCACCCCAAUGUGUACGCAGACGGCAGUAUAUGCCUGGACAUCUUGCAGAACCGGUGGAGUCCAACCUACGACGUAUCCUCCAUCCUCACCUCCAUUCAGUCUCUGCUGGAUGAGCCCAACCCCAACAGCCCCGCCAACAGCCUAGCAGCACAGCUGUACCAGGAGAACAAGCGCGAGUACGAGAAGAAGGUGUCCGCCGUCGUGGAGCAGAGCUGGCGGGACUCGUAACGGUGGCGCAGCGGCUCGCCACGCCACCAUGCCACCACGCGGGACUUUUGUAGAAAUGGGAGCAAUUGUCGGGGGGGAGGUUUGGUGGGGGAGAAGGGGAUGCGAGUGAAAAGAGUGCAGGAGGGAAAAAAAAUAAAAAUACAGCAUGCCAGCAUCUUAGGUUGGAAAGUAAUUGGCAAAUGUUUAACCGAAUUGAAUCCCUUAAUUCAUUGUAUUAUGAUAACAAGACUAACAAUGACGGUCGUGGUAACCUCUGUCCAGCUCUUGUAAUCAGAAUCUGGUUCAUUUUAAUCGUGUGAUGUGUAACGCUAAAGCCACAUUGAAUGGGUGGAAGGGGUGCAGAGUUUCUGUGAUGGUGUUUGACAUCCUCUUAUCCCAAAGUGAGCCGAGUGGGUAGGUCACGCUGGUGGUGGCCGUGUAAGAUGGCGUGUCGCAGCGUCGCGUCACGUUGUUCCAUUGCAGUUGCACGUCAGACCCGCCUGCCUGCUCGCACGCUCGCUUCACAAACCGUCCCAUUUGCCGCUUCUGCUGUUUGGCUUGGCCAAAAAAACAUUUUAUUUCAUGCAUAAUGAGUGCAGGUAUCGCCUGCCCUUGCUUUAAUUUUUGGACGUCUUUAGAAGUAUAUAUUAUGUAUUUGCUGUGUGUCCGACCCGAGCCUCUCUCGUCGGCGUUGCCGUGUGUUGCCCACCGAAAGAGAAUCCCCUAAAGGGGGGCAAAGAACCUGGUGCACGACAAAAAUUGCCGCCGUGUUGCUAAAACGGUCGCUUUCACGAGAGGGGGGUGCCUGUCCUGUUCGCUUUUUGCUGGGCUCAUUGCCGUGUAUUGUUCCGGAGCCUAUUCCCAAGUGGUGUUUAUGUUUGAAAAACGAAGAGAACUUCAUACGUCUUUGCACUUUGAUUUAAAGCUGUACAAUUUCCUUCAGGGUGGAAGGAAAAAAUAAUAAAUCUGUUGAAACCUCGUGAA